AUGCGGAUCCUCGAGGUGAAUCACCAGAGCUUGCUGGGCAUGACGCACACGGAAGCCGUGCAGAUCCUGCGCGCCGUGGGCGACGCGCUGCUCGUGCUCGUGUGCGACGGCUUCGACCCCAAGGCCGCGGCUGCCAUGGAGAUGUCCCCAGGAAUUAUUGCAAACCCUUUUGCUGCUGGUAUUGGGCGCAAGAAUAGCCUUGAGAGCAUCUCAUCUAUUGAUCGGGAUUUAAGCCCCGAGGAGCUGGAGAUCCUGCAGAAGGAGAUGGAAAUGGUGAGAGAAGCAACUCAGUGGGAGAGAGAAGAAAUGGAAAAAGUGGAGUGGAUGCGCAGGGAGCGGGAGGCAGCCACCCAGCACCUGGAGGAGGAGGCCGAGAAUGUCUCCAGUGAACCUCUGAGACUGGACUAUCGGACCCUGGCUGCUCUGCCCACCAGUGGCUUGCAGAGAGUCACCCGCAGU